CCUCAAUUUGAUUUUUUUUGUUGUGCGGAUCACGUGGGCAACUUCAAACAGUACUACUGCGAGACAUGCCAGAAGAUGAUUUGUAAAGAUUGUGUUCGGUCAUACCACCACGACCAGGAGCACGCUGCAUAUGACAUCCGAGAAAUCUCGGACAGGUACAGACAAAACCUGCGAGACCAGAUUCAAGUGGUGGACACCGAACGGCAGGCGACCGAACAGGCUUGGCAGACUCUGGAGAAGGUGGAAAAGGAUUACAAAAGAAAAGUGGACCAAGCACUCGAGAAUGUCAAGGAAGCAGUCGCCAAGAUCAUCAAAGAGGUGGAAACAAAGGGGAAACAGGCCGUCCAUGACAUUGAACACCAACGGGAAAGACGCAGUCAGAGUUUCCACGAUGAAAGAGCAGAACUGCAGGAACAGAAGAAGAGGCUGUCCGAAAAGAUAGAAGAAGCCAAACGAGUGACUGACAUCACACGCACACCCAACAAUACAUUCCUUCUCCAGUAUCCGGCCGCUCUGGAGAAGUUUCAGAAGCCAGUCGGUGCCCCUAGCAAGAUGCAGGCCCAGCUCUCCUACCCGAUGUUCCUGGAGGGCCCCUCGGUAGGCGGUAUCGACCUGGGCAAAUUGGUGAUGGUGGAUACUUGGAAACAGGUGCACACUAUCGGCCGGAAGGGGAACGGUGAGGGGGAGUUUGAAGGUGCACGAGGCAUUGCUGCGGCUAAACCGGACAAGAUUGCAGUGACUGACAGGAAGAAUGGGCGUGUCGUCAUCUGCAACAGCCAGGGAAACAACUGGAAGUCCAUUAGCAUUGAAGCAAAUGACGUGGCGGCUACACCCAAACGAUGGGUGAUUGCUAACCCUACUGCGGUCCAAUUAUACAACAAAGAGGACGCAGAGUAUGUCUCCGAGUUCAAGACGGUGAGUGAGGAUGAGAAGCGUAGAGUGAACCUCAUCGCUUUGGCAGUCAAGACAAAUGGUAACAUCAUCGUGGGUGAUGACAUGAAGGUGUUGACCGAGCACAGCCCAGAUGGAUCGAUUCUACGCACCAUACGAAUUGAGAUCAAACCCUUUUUCUUAGCCGUGAUGUACGACCAGCGAUUUGAUCAACUCGUCGAGGUGAUAGCGAUCAGUGACUUGAACCAGCGCAAGGUGUUCAUCAUUGAGGUCUCCGAUACUGAUGUAGCUACCAAAUUGAGGGAAAUCCAUCCGAUUUUGGAGGGCAAACCCGCGAUGGACUGCCGAGGUAUGUGCGCUGAUGACUCCGGUAUCUACAUCGCAGCGACCACCAAGACCUUCAACAAGUGUCAUGUUCACCACUACGACACGAGAGGGCGGUUUAUCGCAUGCGUGGCCAAGGAUCUGUACAACCCGUACGGACUAACUUUCACAGCAGAUGGGCAGCGGCUGGCAGUGGCUGACUGCCAGUCAGUCAAGAUAUAUGCGAAGGAGUAAUGUCAUGUGGGUUGACCGAUUCUGCUUGCAUGGGAACUUGGUCUACUAGAAC